AUGAUUCCCAGCAUCAGACAGUGGACUUGGUACAUUCUUGAACGUUUCGCCGGCAUCGUAGUCGGUAUCAUCAGUGAAUUUUGCCAUUCGCCGCACCAAGCUACGAAACUCGUCAAAGAGACAAGACGAGUUCGUAGCUUGGUGCGUCGAAUGGCAAAGCUCACUGAUGAUGCCGACUACGAUGCCGGCGAAACGUUUCAGAAUGUAUCAAUUCCACUGUUAGAUGCUGGGAAUCAAGACAAAUACUAUGGCAGACGACUUCGGACUCGGUGCGUUCUACAUAGUAGAUACGAAGAGAAACUUGCUUACGAUGAAUCUCCUGAGAUAACAUUGUUAGGGGAACCUUCAUUUCGAAUGAAAGUACAUGAAGAAUAG